AUGAGGCAGAUAUCGCGAUGCCAUUAUAGCAUAACAGAAAAGGUUCCACGAGAACGACACCACCAGGGAAAGCUUAAAGUCGGAAAUUGGAACGUUACCUCACUCAGAGGAAAAGAACAAGAGUUAGUUGAUGAGGCAAUAAAGCACCAACUCGACAUUGUUGGACUCUCGUUAACGAAGCGCGAAGGCUCUGGAUUCCUGAACCUCAACGGAUGGAAGUUAUUCUACGUAGGUGUCGAUAUCACGACUCGCGCUCAGGCCAGUGUUGGUGUUGUGGGAGAAUAUGAUUUCUUCCUUGAGGAAGUGGAGUGUGCACUGAACGAACUGCCGAAUACAGAGGCCCUCAAACUUCUGGGCGAUUUCAACGAGCAUGUCGGAAUAGAAACUGAAAAGUGUAAAGGCGUAAUUGGAAAGAACGGACCUUGCAGCCUCAGCAAUAACGGCAUGCAGUUGUUGCGGUUUUGGGCAAACAAAGGAUUGUCUAUUAUGAACUCCUUCUUCGAGCACCGAAGAGUCAUCAGUGUACCUGAUACAGCGAAGCUUCUGAUACAGAAGUCGAUUAUCAAUUAA